ACGUUGCUCCGCGGGAAACUCUCCACCACCCAAACGACAUAACUUUGUUCGGGGUACAGAUGUACUAAAAACGGUGUCUUUCAAAUAAGUUACCGGAACAUACAUACCCAGUGUUACUUGUGCAGUCCCGUCUAAAAAUGUCAAAGAAGAAAGGACUCAGCUUGGAGGAGAAGAGAACUCGCAUGAUGGAGAUUUUCUUUGACUCUAAAGACGUGUUCCAGCUUAAAGACAUUGAGAAGAUUGCCCCCAAGUCAAAGGGCAUUGCUCCGAUGACGGUGAAGGAGGUGCUUCAAAGCCUGGUGGAUGACAACAUGGUGGACUGUGAACGGGUCGGCACAUCCAACUACUACUGGGCUUUUCCAAGUAAGGCCUUGCAUGCUCGCAAGCACAAACUGGAGGAGCUGCAGAAACAGGUUUCCGACGCAAAGCAGCGGAAAACGACUCUAAACAAAGCAGUUGAAAAGGCAAAAGUGGGACGUGAGGAUACAAAAGAAAGAAGCUCUCUGCUGAAGGAGCUGCAGUCCCUGAGAGACGAGCGAACGCAGCUGCAGGCCGAGCUGGAGAAGUACCGCGAAUGUGACCCAGAGGUCAUCGAGCAAAUCAGAAAGUCAAACGUCGUAGCAAAAGAAGCGGUGUCCAGAUGGACGGACAAUGUUUUUGCCAUCAAGUCUUGGACAAAAAAGAAGUUUUCUUUCGACGACAGCCGCAUCAACAAGGCCUUCGGCAUCCCUGAGGACUUCGACUACAUGGACUGAUCAGGACGCCUUCCGUGAAAAGGGAAAAACGGCCAGACGAAUGUUUGUUAGAGGUCUCUGUUGGAACCCUAGUUUUCUGUUUUGUCCCCUGGAGCGAAGAUGACGGCACCAGGAUUCAGUUGGUUUCACCGCUUUGAAAAGGGGCUGUUUGUUGGUGAGUCCGCCGACCCAGAUGGACUCGGUCAGCAGACGCGUCGCAUAGGUGCAACUGGAGACGAGUCGGAGCCAAGCAUUAGCGGCUGGCUCCUUGGACACCUGUUUGGAUGAAAACCGAGACCGCCGAGCUGACGAUGGAAACAAAUCAACACUCGGUGCAUCGGUACCUCUAAUUGGAGCAUUUAUAUGUCUUAUACAGAUGGUUUGGGAUCAAAUAGUGGGGUACUUCUUCGUCUCCAUUUUCCAUCCUUGUUCACCAUCGAGCAGCCUCGAUUUGCUGCAGCAGAAUAAAAUGUUGAAGGCAGCUUUAGGGAAUAGUUUGUAAAUAUUUACUUUCUGAGCUGCAUUAAAGUUAUUGCAAAUAUAUUUAAGCCUUCAUUUUGUAUUUCUGCUACCAGUUGAGGUUUGUGGUGUUAAAACUUUUAGAUUUUUUUUUUCUUUAGACCAGGCC